GAACCUAACCAUGAGAAAAGCUCUCCUAGUCAUAAACUGCGUCAUCCUUGCAAUAGGCAACUGCGGUGGUCCACUUAUCGCUCGCCUCUACUUCAUCCAUGGUGGCAACCGAAUCUGGUUCUCGAGCUGGCUCGAGACCGCGGGCUGCCCCAUCAUCUUGCUCUCCAUCGCUUGUGCUUACAUGCAUCGUUCCAGGACGGCCGAUCCCACAUCGGAAAACAAGUUUUUCUACAUGGAACGACCGUUGUUCCUCGCCGCUGUCGUCCUUGGGAUUAUCACAGGCCUCGAUAACUACCUCUACGCCUAUGGCUUAUCUCGUCUCCCCGUUUCGACUGCUUCUUUGAUCAUCGCGUCGCAGUUGGCUUUCACGGCAGUGUUUGCUUUCCUGUUGGUGAAACAAAAGUUCACUGCCUACUCCAUAAACGCCGUGUUUUUGUUGAGCAUAGGGGCUGGCGUUUUGGCUUUGCAUUCGAGCAGCGACCGGCCUGCGAAUGAACCCAACAGGGAAUAUAUUUUGGGGUUCGUAAUGACCUUAGCUGCAGCGGUUUGCUAUGCAUUGAUAAUGCCAUUGGUGGAACUAACGUACAAGAAGGCAAAGCAAGAGAUCAGCUACGCCCUUGUGAUGGAGAUUCAGUUGGUGAUGUGUUUGGUUGCUACUGUCGUUUGCACCGUCGGGAUGCUGGCCAAGAAUGAUUUCAGUGUGAUUGGAAGGGAAGCAAGGGAAUUCGAGUUGGGAGAAACAAAAUACUACGUGAUUGUGAUUUGUAGUGCAAUAGUAUGGCAAGGUUUCUUCUUGGGAGGAAUAGGAUUAGUGUUUUGUUGGUCAUCACUGUUAUCAGGAAUUAUGAUAGCCGUUCUAUUACCAAUUACAGAAAUUCUGGCAGUAAUUAUUUUUAAUGAAAAGUUUCAAGCUGAGAAGGGUUUUUCGCUUGCUCUCUCGCUUUGGGGCUUCUUUUCCUACUUCUAUGGUGAAGUCAAGCAAAGCAAAAAGAAGAAACCAGAUCCUGAAAUCGAAAUGGACUCAUCUCUGCCUCCCAAAACUCUCGAAAGCAAUGUUUAAGUGUUAGUCAUCAUCUUCAUCCCCACCAAAUUCCUAAAUAAGCUUCCAAGUCAUUUGAUGUAAUUGCUACAAAUUAGUGUUAUAUUCUCCAAUAAAUGUUUCAAUUGAGGUAGUUUUAUAUAAGAUAAGCCCACCAUUCUCCUA